AAGCAAAGGGAGGGAAAAGUUGGAACGUGAGAAAUUCCAAGAACUUUUCAACAUCCUCUCUCUCCUCCUGUGUGUGUAUAUGUGUGUGUUCCAGGCUGUCUAUAACUAAAGAUGCUGGGGUGCGGUUGUGUGCUUCUCUCCUGUCUCCUGACGGUGACUCUGUUCCACUACAGUGUAGACAGCCUUCACCUCACCCAGGAGAGCCCAGAGUACCUGGACCCGGUGGUUCAGGAGGAGUCAGGCCUGCAGGCCCGGUCCAGUGAGCAAAAAGCAGCAGGGGCUUUGACGGCCAAGUUGCUACUACUUGACCACCUGGACCGCCUGGAGAAUGACGUCAUCGAGACCAAGAUGAAGAGGAGCUUCCCAGGGUCCAACACUCCACUGGACCGCCUCUCCAUCAGCACCAUGGACCCUAAGGGCUCCAAGCAGAGGAAAGUUGUUGAACUGCCACGGAGGCGAGUGAGUGUUCCUAUUGACCGGAUCGGAGUGGGCCGUCUACCUAGCGGCCGAGGGUAAACCCUCCCCCCAUCCACCCAUCCCCUUACCUGGACAGGGGAUUCCACCACAGGUAGAAGAUGCAUGGAAAGCACAUCAACACCCCACGACCACUCCUCUUGACCUACCAACCCCCACCUCACCCCCAUCAACCUACAUACAUACACUAUGGCACAAAUCACUUCCUCGUUAUAGUUCUAAUGUAAUGUAAGCUACCCCCCUUCCUCCCCACUUCUGUUCCCCAUACAGUGUGGGAACGUCCUACAAAAAGCACAUCACUACCAUAGAAACACACUUAUUUACCCAUAAUGCCUGUGGGCGCUUUUGCCUUUUUUGCUCGUUUGUAGUACACGCACACAUGGUCUGUCUGUUCACUUUGACUGAAGGCUGACUGGGUGGCAAUGGCCUUGACAUUAAAAACAGAUUAUAAGA